CAGGAUCCGAUCGUGCUCUCGCCGGCACUCGAAUGUAAUAUCGAUAGCGAGCCAUCGAGUCCAGCAGAGCAAAGAUUUCGAUUGAAGGGCGAGUGGUCGAUGGCGUUUAGAGAUCAGGGACCCUUUGCGCGCACGUACGCCCGUCUGCUGCCAAGCUCGAGCUCACGCGAGCCAAAACAGCCACUCUGGAGGCUUGCUGUAUUGUCGAGCGACACUUCACAAUCGAUCUGAAUGCGUUGAGCGGAGAGUGGUCGACCGUCGGCCAACGUAUCCAGAUGCGCUGUCCUCGGCCUGGACUAGUCGAGCACUUCGACACAUGCUUGCGGACGUAUGGAAGCAGCUCAUUCUUGCAUACUUGCGAGAUCUUUGAGGACACCUGCAUGUUCUAUCUCUUUCCGGUCAGCUACGGCAAAUGCUCAAGACCCGGUGAUGGAGAUGAGUUCGAGAUUAAGGAAUGACAAGACAAGCGUGGUCGCAGCUGAAGAAUUGCAUCGAUUCAUCAAAACGCCCCGUCGCCGUGAGUGGCAACCUCCUCCCUAUGCUGACGCCCUCGUGUCAAGCAUCUCCUGAGCUCUUCCCUGGUUGCCAAAUCUCUCACGCGAUCCGAAUCACUCGGUCGGUCGACCCUUGCUCCAUUCGCAUCCACUGCCACCAGACAGACAUGCUCAUAAUUGUCCUGAUCUUGUCCCUCUUUUGGGCCCGCUCGGUCGUUUCUGGACCCCAAAUACCCAAGACUCGGUCGACAUGUCUCGCCUUCCAGAGCUGUAUCGUUUGGUGCGCAACGCGAGACAAGAGCCUCCAGGUGAUUGCAGCUCGCAAAGCACCUUGAUCUAUCGUGCUCAAGUGAUUGCGGUCAGUUUUUUGCUAGCGCCGGUAGCGAGAUCUUCCAGGUUCGAUACGCUCCGGCAAACACGCCCAUAUCUCUCUUCUCU